UCUACAAGUUCUCCUUUAUACAUAUAUAUAUAUUUGAACGGGUUUCUUUUGAAUGUUACAUCAAUCUUCAACUUUAUUUUUCAUCAUACAUAUUUUUAAUUUAAAAAAAUUUAAUAACUCAUUUAAAUGUAUCUCUAUUCAUGUACAUAGAUAGGUUAUUCACCUCAAAUAUUCAAGUAUUCAAAUAUCAACCAUUUAUUUUGGGCUCAUUCAAUUUUUUAAACUACUCAGAAAUCAAAUUUUAACUAAAAAUCGUAAUUCAAUUGAAAUAAAACUAAAAUAACAAUAUCUAUUGUGACGAAGUGCGCACGAUAUACAUAUAUAUCUAUUAUGAUGACGUAUUUAAAUAUUGGAGUAUUGUAAAAUCUAACCUCAACAAUGACAAGUUAGAACUUUUUUUAUAUUAUUAUAUAUUAUUAUAUAGGUUAUAUAUAAAAAUCAUCUUUAAUUAAGGUAUUUGAACGUGCAGUUAUUUAUAUAUUAUUUAGAUAAUUAUUUUUAAAUCAUUUCACCAAUUGAAGAUAUAUUAUUCAUUUAAUACAAAACUAAUUCAACAAAGAAAUUUGACGAUGAUCGUAUUUAACGAUCAUCAGAGUAAAAUCGAUGUGAUAUAUGACAAAUUGUUAUUGUUAUUAAAAAAUAAAAAUGUAUUCUCUGCUAAAGUCAGUGACAAACAAGAAAAACUUGGUGAAGGAAUCGUUAAGGAAACAAUUGAAUACAGCCGUUAUGGAAAUGCAGGGUGUCGAAGGUAUAUCUGAAGGGACUCCAGUGAGUAAUUGCGAAGAAACAAUGGCUUUGUGUUCUGUCUUGGAAGCUAUUUUUUUACAUGGACUCAAAGACAGUUUAUUGAAUAGAGUAACAGAAGUUCUAAGUGGUCCAGAUUUCGAUGCUAUGCCACAACCAAGUUUUUGGGGUCCACUUUUAGUAUUUUCUCAUCGAGAAAUAAUUGAUCAAAUUCAAAAUUUUCAACAAAUAGCAACUGAAGUUGGAUAUUGUCGUGCAUGGAUACGGUUAGCUCUUAAUGAAGGCCUCCUUUCAAGUUAUCUCGCAUCUAUUCAAAGGGAUAAUUCAGCAUUGAAGCCUUACUAUGAACGCUCAGCAUUUAUUCGAGAUUCAGAUCAUGUAGAAGUUGCGAGGAGAUUAAUUGAGAGUUUAGAUAAUAUUUCAUUUGAACUGGCUUGUAAUACUAGUUUGUUGAAUUUUUGGUCUAGUACACCACUUCUUAUGGCUGCUAUUUGGCUCCCUCCUAUGAAAUCAUGUCCUGUAUUUAGUGCCGUUGACAUUGCUAAAACUAUUAGUAGUGAUAUGAUGAAUUCAAGUGGUUUUGAAGAUGUUGAAACUGCUAGUUCUAUUGGUAGUAUAGGUUCAUUUUCUUCGCAAUCAAUUUUAAAUAUUUCAACCAUUACUGAAGAUGAAGCUCUAAAAAUUAUUUUGGCUAAUGGUACGAAAACACCAGAUUUAAAUACUGAAAAUUCUACUUAUCAAACAGUUGUACAAAAUAAUAUAUCACAAACAACAACAUCUUUUGAUGAAUUAAAACUAUCACAAGUGAAAGAAAAUGAAAUGAAAAACUCACAAGGUGAAUUACUGGAUAAAAAUGUAUUGGAGAUUGUAAAAGAUGAAAAUUUAGAAGAAAUAGUUAAUGAAGAAGAAAAAGAAACUACUAAAGAAAUUGGAGGAACCUCAGUUGGUAAUUCAUUACUUGGAAAACUUGGAUGGUCUACAUCUCUAGAAGAUGGUGAAUCUUCAAUGACUUCAUCUAUUAUUUCUCGAGAAUCUGGUACAGAUAUACGUACCCCUGGAGAUGGACCUACUUAUGAUGCUUUGAUAAAAAGUUAUCAUACCGCAGGCUAUGCAACAUCUCCAGAUCUCCAUGAAUUUUUAGCCAAAUACACACCAGAAACCAUUGUAAAGGAAGAAAAGACUAAACCCGAAAUUAAAGUUGUAGAUAACUUAGAUGAUCAAAUUGGACAGUUACCAAGAGAAAAAGGUUUAGAUGUACAAAACUAUAGUUGUUUAGACUGUGGACUUGCCGUUGGGAUGACUUUCUCAAAAGCCCAUGUCUGUGCAUUUUCUGGAAACUAUUACUGCAAUGAUUGUAUGGCUACUGAAGAGUUUUUAAUACCUUCACGAAUAAUUUAUAACUGGGAUUUAAAGCACUAUCCCGUCAGCAAAAAAGCAGCUGAAUAUUUGAACAAUUGUUCUGCUUUGUUGAACCUUAAAGUAUUGAAUCCCAAAAUUUAUACAGCAGUUGAUAGCAUGGCACAAUUACGUACAUUGAGAAUACAAUUAAAUCUUCUACGUGCUUAUUUAUUUACCUGCAGGGAACCAAUUAUUGAAUUAUUACAAAAAAAAGUUACUCCACGAGAAUAUUUGUAUGAACAUAUUCAUCAGUAUUCAGUUACUGAUCUUCUUGAUGUACCUUCAGGUGUUCUUGCUCAACAACUUCAAAAAGUUGUUGAAUUUGCUCGAAAUCAUGUGUUAAAUUGUUGGCUAUGCCGCCAAAAAGGUUUUAUUUGUGAAGUUUGCAACAAUCCUAAAGUAAUUUAUCCUUUUGACAUGGAGUCUACUUAUAGAUGCAGUGAUUGCAAUGCUGUUUUUCAUACUGACUGUUUAAAUUCUAAAAAGCCAUGCCCAAAAUGUGAGCGUAAACGUAAAAGAAUGGAUCGCCCGUUGAUUGGCGAACAAGAAUCAACAUCGUGAUAAAAUUAACAGUAUAAAAGACAAUUGAAUUUAUUGAAAUAAAUUCGUCACUUAAUUGCAAUGAUUAUUUAGAGCUUUAAUAACGUAAAUACAUUAUAUUACUGUAAUUAUGAUGUAUAAUAAAAUUUAAUUAAAUUAAUAUUUAUGUACAAAAAAAUAUAAAGUAGAUGGAAUGAUAUUUAAACUAUAUUA